AACCCAAAUUUUAACAAUUUUAUUCGGUAAGAUUUGGAAAUUUUAAGCUGACACCCACACCUAAAAUUUUGGUUGGUCCCGGCGAUGAACAGCUUUAGUUAUGCUUCUGUUAAUCAGCAUGAAACAGCUCAGCCCAGCCCAGCUCUGCCGAGUUUUUGUUCUCUUACCCUCCCUCCCUCCCUCCUCCCGUCCUUCCUUCCUUCCCGGUUGCUGCCGCUGCCGCCUCCGCCUGCGAGAUGUGAUGUGAUGUCAUAUCGUUUCAUGAUUUACGAGACGAAUCAAAGAUUAAGAGGAUUCCCCCCUUCAGUCUCUUCUCUGCGUGACUGACGAUAACCACACUAUUAGCCUGCCUUAAUUUUGCAAUGGCCUUUUCGGUGUUCAAAUUCGACGAUUUAAGAGGCUCCCGUGAAUUAGAUAUAUUUGUUUUUGAAUCUUGAAAAACUUAGACAUAAAUAAUAUAAGGCCGGUCGCAGGCAGUGGCAGGUAAGCAAACGAGUUGCUGCCCGAAGCAAAACCAACCAAAAUGGGGAAGAGAAACAGAGAGAGAAGAAAAUCUGAAAAGCCGUGUAAGUCGGACCAACUUGUCGCCGUCCCCAUCGGUUCCCCUACUCCUCUUGCUAAUCUAUCACUCAACUCUGUGGUACUGCAUGAUUGGUGGUUGUGCAUGGUGCUGCCUAAGGGUUUGGCUGUUGGAGGGUUUCAAUGCAGAGGGAGGCAAGGACAAAGAGUGUUGUGCUCUGCAGCCAUUGCCAAAAGACAUGAUGCCACCACUCUUGAAACUGCCGAUGGCAUCACAGUUGCUAUUAGUGGAUUCAUCAAUACCUCUCGUACACUUCAAAAUGGCUUUUCACCUAAGGUUUGCAGUCAUUUCCUCUUUGGAUUUCCAUAUGACUGGGAGGAAUAUGCUUCACAUUCUAAUGAACAAUCUUUCUGUAGUAGCACUGAAGCAAGCAGUACUACUAGUUUGCUUCACAGCAACGCUAUGUCUUUGCCACUCCCUUCUUUAGACAAUCUCCAUGUCCCUGCUGCCAGGAUACGUGAUCUUCUGAUGCUUUCUGCUGGAGAUUCUCCAAACUCAGUUUUUGAUCACAUGCUGCUGCAAAAGUUGAGCACCCAUGAUUCUCAAAAUGCUGAAAGUACUACGGCUGAUUCAAACAUGGGAAAUAAAGAUCCUAAAGACUGUCCUUAUUCUGUUGCUGAUGGUGAAAAUUCGAAUUGUCAUAAGGAGAAGGUUAUUCAGAAUCACGUAGAUGAUAAUAACAUCUUGUGUUCAAGGAGUAAAACAACAGUGGGAUCUUGGAAUGAGGAUGUGAGCAUCCUUACCCCACCUAAUACUAGAGGUGUAAUCACCAGAAGCAUGACAAGGUUGAAGCGCCGUACUUCUGAAAGGCUGAAGAGACUGAGACUUUCUUCAUCAGAGUUAAAGGAAAAAGUAUUGCGGAGAUAAGACCAAUAAUCUCUCAUCUCUUGCUAAUCCUUUUUCAUUCCUUAGCUUUCGACAUACAUCAGAGCCUCAGGAAGAUAGCAACUACAGGUGCUUUAAGAGGGAGUUGUGCAUAUAUGCAUGUGUGUGUAUAUAUAUACAUAUUUCUCCUUUGGCUAUUACUAAUGAUAAAAUAGAACCCUUGAACUAGUUUAGUUUUGUUAAAUAUGCCUGUAUUUUUGUUGUACCCGAAUAAGCCCGUAUUAGUGAAAUGUUGAUUUAUGCAUAAAUUGUAAAUUAGGGGCUUAUUUGGAUAAAAGUUAAAGAUUGCUUGCAUGGUCACACAUAAAAGAAAACUUUCACUGGACAUAAAUCUCGAUAUAUGGAAGUACUUACAAAGAUCAAUAUGUGGAUAUGAGAGCAAUAGCUGUAACAGGAAGGCCAAAUGCUGAAAUACCUUGAGGUAAAGAAUACGGCUGAUUUACACCAAUCACAAUGAGCAACAGAGGAAGAGCUUCCCACUGCAAAGCAAACAUGUUUACCUAUAAUGUAAGAGAGAAGCCACUGAAUACCGCACAAAACCAGGUAUGAGAUGUGAACUUAGUGCAUGAAAUCAUUGUAUUGAUGUGUAGUUUCUUCUAAUUAUAUUCAUUUUUAAGUAGAUGAUAUGUUUCGAAACUAAGCUGCAUCGCAGAAAAUCCUCGCCUCAUUAUCAUCUUCAACAAAGCAACAAUGACCAAAACCUGCAUGUCCACCGACCAAAUAUAGAGAAUUUUACGAGGAACACUUCUGAUAUAUGAGUGGAAUAGAUGGUGCAGCAUAAUUAAGAAGCAUGCGAAUAAGUGGAAGAUAUAGGUGCCAAUAAGAGCCAAGGUUUAAUAGAUUGUAACAAAACUUACCUUAAAGAGGUUGCUCAGGAGCAUCUUCAUGGUUGCAGCAUUGAAAUAAAGCUGCCAAUAAGCAAUUCACAUCAAUUAGUUUUUCUUUCACCCAGAA